AUGGCCUGCCUAGCCAGACUCAAAGAAGAUAUACGUGUGCUUGAAACGGCGUUUCCCCGGGUACACAAUCGAUUUCAAGUACUUACGGCAACCGUGGACGAACUGACAUGUAGAGUUAUCGGGAAGAAAGGAGAAAAAUACGACGUCCAAGCUCACAUAACGGAAACCUAUCCACAGACAGCACCUAUAUGGUUUAGUGACAGUGAAGAUGCCAAUAUAGUGGCUAUAGUUGGGGAGCUGUCAAACACAAAGCCUGAACAAUUUAAUAUAUUAUAUCAAACUAAGCUGCUGAUUGAGGGUUUUUGUCGACUCUACGAUUUAGAAGUGCCUCCAGAAGUCUUUAUCUUGGAUGAACAUCUGUCUGCACGGGGUAUUGCAGUGAAAAUGAAUAUUGAUCCAGUUUCUGAAGAUGAGGACGAUGAAGAAGAGUUUCAUUAUGAUAUGGAGGAUGAAGUUCAAACAACUGAACAAAAGGCAAAAGAUGAAGUGGAAGGAAUUGAUGUUGAGAAUCUUGCUGUUUUAGAAAAGCUGAAGCAAAGUCAGCGACAGUCAUACCUCAAGGGAACUGUGGUGGGUUCAGUCCAGGCCACUGACAGACUCAUGAAAGAAUUAAGGGACAUUUACAGAUCGGACAGUUUCAAAAAAGAAAUAUACACAAUUGAGCUAGUCAAUGACAGUCUUUAUGAAUGGAAUGUACGGUUAAAGAAAGUAGACAAAGACAGUGCCCUAUACACUGAUAUGCAAGUCUUCAAAGAGAAAGAAGGCAAAGAUCAUAUACUUCUGAACUUUACCUUCAAAGAAUCAUUUCCAUUUGAUCCACCGUUUGUUCGAGUGAUCAACCCGGUCGUGUCAGGAGGUUAUGUCUUGGGUGGUGGAGCCAUCUGCAUGGAACUGCUAACUAAGCAAGGCUGGAGCAGCGCAUACAGCAUUGAGUCUGUUAUAUUACAGAUUUCAGCAACUCUUGUCAAAGGAAAGGCUCGUAUACAGUUUGGUGCAACAAAAAGCCAGUACACACUUGCACGAGCCCAACAGUCUUUCAAAUCUUUGGUACAGAUACAUGAAAAAAAUGGCUGGUUCACUCCACCUAAAGAGGAUGGCUAG